UAGCUUUGGUCAAGAAUGUAGCAAUUUCCAACAGAAGCUUCCAAGUUAGUAAACAAUUUUUAUAUCCUCUCUGAGACACCUUAGUUAAAAAAUUAUUUCAAUUCCUCUCUAUGUAUUAGAGUUCCUAGCUCCCAAAUCUUUAUAUGGUUCAUACAUCUUUCUCUUCUAUAAGAUAUGCUUUUCUAUAGAUUUCCAGCUCCGUUUCUCUACCUUGCCAUCUUACUAUUCACUCUAGGCCAUCUGCCCGCGAGUUACUGUCAGGUUUACCGAGAAUUUAAUGAGUGCGGCAAGCGUUUCCGAUGUGGCAACUUCUCAAAUCUUGACUACCCUUUUUGGGGAGGCGAUCGACAGUCCUACUGUGGGCAUCCAGCGUUCCAGCUAAAUUGCCAGGAAAACGUCACUUUCAUAAAUUUACGGUCAAAACAGUAUCGAGUUCUUGGAGUAGAUACUAGAUCUCAGGUUAUUACCGUUGCUAGGGAAGACUUGUGGAACAAUACCUGUCCAAGCCCUAUCAACAACACAGACUUGGAUUAUACUCUUUUUAGUCAUCCUUCUGACGAUCAGAACCUGACGUUGUCAUAUGGUUGCGCUUCUGUCCUAGGCCAGCAAUCACUGUUUAAAUUUGAUUGCCCGGUGAAUGGUGCCCGCAGUGACAGUUAUUUCACUACACGAGACGCAGCUUUAGUUGCACCUAAUAUAGCCCAGCUAACCUGCGAUACCCGAAUUACUGUUCCUAUUAAUCAGACAUCAGCUGACGCGUUAAGCAGUGCAAGUUCGUCAGAAAAUGACCUUAAGGAAGUUCUGAAAGCUGGUUUCAGGUUGAAGUGGGAUGCAAACGACAGCAUCUGCAAUGAAUGUGCUCGACCAGGUGGACGAUGCGGCUAUAACUCAAGUACCUCGUCCUUUGCUUGUUAUUGUUCUGAUCGACAAUGCAAUUUGAUCGACUCAGGUAAUGGAAAACAUGGUAAAUCAACUCCAAAACUAAGCAUAGUCAUCUCUGUGGUAGGUGCUGUUAUUGCUGGCGCUGCCAUUACAUGGUUAUACUUCUUUUGGUGGCAGAGGAGAAAACAAAAAACUGCCCAGUCUGCAACACACAUUGAGAGCAAAGACCAUCCAGCUACUUCAGCCAAAUCUCUUACUACCGCAACAUCAACUCAUUUCACCAAAAGCAUUCCUUCCUAUACUUCCUCAGGGUUCGGGUCGGGAAAGGGAAGCACCUACUUUGGAGUUCAGGUCUUCGACUACGCAGAACUUGAAGAGGCCACUGAUAAUUUUAAUCCUUCCAGAGAACUCGGAGAUGGAGGCUUUGGUACUGUAUACUAUGGCACGCUUCAAGAUGGUCGUGUAGUGGCAGUUAAGAGACUAUAUGAGAACAAUUUUAAGCGGGUACAGCAGUUUAUGAAUGAAGUUGAAAUCCUGACAAAGUUGGAUCAUAAAAACCUAGUAAAGUUGUAUGGAUGCACUUCCAAGCGAAGCCGAGACCUCCUCCUUGUUUAUGAAUAUAUACCAAAUGGAACGGUAGCUGAUCAUCUACAUGGUAAACAAGCGAAUUCAGGUCUGCUCUCUUGGUCUGUCCGGUUGAAGAUUGCUAUAGAAACAGCUGAAGCCUUGGCUUAUCUGCAUGUCUCCGGUAUCAUUCAUCGUGAUGUCAAAAGUAACAACAUUCUCCUGGACAACAGCUUCUGUGUAAAAGUUGCUGAUUUUGGGUUGUCUAGAUUGAAUCCAAAUAAUGCCACUCACGUUUCGACAGCUCCACAAGGUACACCUGGAUACGUUGAUCCUGAGUAUUACAAGCUUUUCCAGCUCACUGAUAAGAGUGAUGUCUAUAGCUUCGGAGUGGUCUUAGUCGAGCUUAUAUCAUCAUUACCAGCUCUGGACAGCAGCAGGGACCGAUUAGAUAUAAAUUUGGCUAGUAUGGCUAUCAGUAAAAUCCAGAACCAGACAAUAAACGAGUUAAUUGAUCCAAGACUUGGAUUCAAAAGCAACGCAUCAGUCGAAAAGAUGACCACAUUGGUUGCAGAGUUAGCAUUCCGAUGUCUACAGGAGGAGAAGGAUCUAAGACCUACAAUGCAGGAAGUGGUGGACACCUUGAAGGAGAUACAGUGUGAAGAUUCAGAUGCUCAGAAAGCAGUAGUGUUGGACAUUCGGGUGGAGGAAGUUGCACCGCUAAAGGGUAAGGAAGGUUCAUUCUCACCAGAUUCAGUGGCUGACAAAUGGAUUAGCAACUCUACAUCUAUUCAUAGUGAAUAAGAUAUGGUUAUACACUGGGUACAAAUGAAGCCGAUAUCAGAUGGUUCGAGUGAUGUAAAAGUCGAAACUCCCAUCGAAGGCUGACAUAAAGCUAUAGUACAUACACAUGUAAUUAUCAGAGCUUGCAACAACCAUAGUUAUCUUCAUAUCAUUCUGACAGAUUUGUUUAUUUAAUUAUGCUUGGUCA